CACCUACCCUAAAUCCCCAAAUUACCCUUUUAAAAUAUUUGUAAAAUUUCUGUUUAUCCGUUCUUCAUCGUUCUCAAAAUCCACGCAGUUCCUCUCUGUUGUUUGUUUUGAGGUUUCUCCUGUUUUUGGUUUCGGUUUUUCACAAGAGAAACAUAAAAGAAAAAAGAAACCAUAAAAAAGUCUUUCUCAAAAUCCUUCUAAGCUCUUGUUCUGGCUUUAAUGAUCUGAAUCUCGUUGAUCGGACUCUUCGUCUAUCUAAUUGAAGCAUGGAACGAAUAAUCGGUGGCAAAUUCAAGCUCGGCCGUAAGAUCGGCAGUGGAUCCUUCGGUGAAAUUUAUCUCGCUACGCAUAUCGAUACUUUUGAGAUCGUCGCUGUUAAGAUCGAGAACAGUAGAACAAAGCAUCCGCAGCUGCUGUACGAAGCCAAAUUGUACAAUAUUCUUCAAGGAGGAAGUGGAAUUCCAAGCAUAAAAUGGUCAGGUGUUGAUGGGGAAGAAAAUGUACUUGUUCUCGAUUUGCUUGGACCGAGUCUGGAAGAUCUUUUUGUGUACUGUGGCAGGAAGUUUUCGCUGAAAACUGUCUUAAUGUUGGCUGAUCAAAUGAUUACAAGAAUUGAGUAUGUUCACUCAAAGGGAUUUCUCCAUAGAGAUAUAAAGCCUGAUAACUUCCUCAUGGGACUUGGUCGCAAAGCAAAUCAGGUUUAUAUAAUUGAUUUUGGGCUUGCUAAAAGAUACCGAGACUCCAUAACUAAUCGCCACAUUCCUUAUAGAGAAAACAAGAAUUUAACGGGAACAGCACGUUAUGCAAGUUGCAACACACAUCUUGGAAUAGAGCAAAGCCGGCGGGAUGAUUUGGAGUCACUUGGAUACGUACUUUUAUAUUUUCUUAGAGGAAGCCUUCCAUGGCAAGGUUUGAAAGCUGCAACAAAGAAGCAGAAAUAUGAUAAAAUAUGUGAGAAGAAGGUGUCCACUCCUAUUGAGGUCCUAUGUAAGUCUCAUCCCGUGGAGUUUGCAUCAUACUUUCAUUAUUGUCAUUCCUUGACAUUUGAUCAACGACCUGAUUAUGGAUUCUUGAAGCGUCUGUUCCGUGAUUUAUUUGCUCGUGAAGGUUAUGAGUUUGACUACAUAUUUGACUGGACGAUCAUCAAGUACCAGCAGGCCCAGAAAAGCAGAUCUCAGCAUCAGUUGUCUCCAAUUCCUGGAGGUAGCAGCAGUCGCCCAUUACCAGUUGAUGUGGAUAAUCAUCAAGGAGGCUUCAAUGCUACUUAUUCUACUGACAUCAUUAGAUCAAACAAUGCUCCAGGUCAAGGUGUUCGCAUGCAAUUUAAACCAGCAACAGGAAAGAACUUGAUUUCUGAUACUACUAUUGAUAAAAAUAUUUUUGACCCUCACACACCCUCAUCUUCAUUUGCACCUGCUGGCACCUCAAAAAGAAAUGGUCAGAAAUCAACAGCGCCCCCUGACGCUGCUAAUUCUGGCCAUGGACAAGGAAACAAAAUCAGAUCUUCUAGUAGUUUGUUUUCAUCAUUGCAGCGCAUUUCUUCUGCCAAAUGAUGAAAAUGUGCUGUGGUGAGGGAAGAUUAGGGAAAUGACAAUUCAGGGUGCAUUUGAAGACCAUACGACGUAUAUUUAUCUACAUGUUAACUAAGGCCAGAUCUAGUAAAGGCUGCUUAAUGCUGAAGGCUGAACACUGAACACACUAGUUAUGGUAAUAUCUUGCCCUAGUCCUUGAUCCUGCAACUAUCUACAGUGUAUGUGAUGUAAAGUUGAGUUGUACGUUGGGUUUCAACUUGAUUUUGUGAAUUGGUUAAGUACGCCUCGGAUAGGCUGUGGAAUCUUGACAGGCAGUAUGCCAACAAUAUGUAACUACCAAGCUUGUCAUGUUAUGUAAAUCCUGAUAGAUGCUGUUCAGGAUAGUCAGAGAAGGUAGAAAGUAGACUACAAUUUACUUUUUCUGUGGCCAUUUGGAGUUCGGUGUUCUGAAGAUAUAUGCAGCUAAAUUGGACUUUGUGAGCAGUUUUCUAUGUGGUGUUUGAAGUUUGAACCAGGUCGGGGAUAAAAUAUUUCCAGUUCGCCAAUUGUUGAAAUUCUUUUUUAGUUUAUUGACACAAAUAAUAGUCAGGUGUUGAGAAUUUGUGCAUCCGAACCUGGAUGACUGUAGCAUUGCUUCAAGCUCCUUCAGGUAUGUACAGCUACUGAAGCAAAUCACUUUGUGAUAAAUAUGCUCUAUCUCAGAAACUGGUGCGAUUCAUGCCUGUAGUGGAGUUGGGGAAAUCUAGAGUUGGAUUAUCACAAACAUUUUGUUUGUUUCCAUGAUUUAGUAGGUCUUAAAAUGUUGGGAAAUUAGGCACUGCAGGCCGAACUUUGUAAUAAUAUAAAAAAAGAAAGAAAUAUUCGAGUAUUGUGUGUAAAUAGUAUUGAUAGGGUUUUUUAAGUUAUGAUACCCAUUUAUGAAAGAUUUUUAUUGUAA